AUGUUGAGCCUCAGAGAUAUUGUCAUGGACGCGGAUGUGGAGCCUUUCCAAUCCAGAGACUAUAAGAUGGCAAAGGAAACCGUCAAACUACAUACUGCCUCCGACCGUUCCAUCGAUAAAUCCCCCCAAACUCUCUCGCCGAUCCUCGACGACAACAGUAAGGAGGUACCUAUCGAGCGGCGCCGAUCAAAUCGAGUUACAAAACCUGCCAGCCACAACGCCGCCAGAGAGGCAGUGGGUUUUUAUAUUAGAUUUCAAGUUGGAAGCUCGAACCAGCCAAGUACAUCGGACAGUCCUCAACACUCGUCGCCGAGUGUCUCAGAUCCCCGGCCGGAUAUGCCUAUCAAGUAUACGCCGGUGACAGGCCGCAUUAGCAGGGCAAAGAAAGGGAUAUUUACACGAGCGGAGCAUCUGAGACGCCAUCAGCUGAGCCAUCAGGAACCAGCUUGUCCAUGCCCUUUCGAACACUGCGAGAAGGUAUUUCAUCGGCCUGAUUUACUAGCUCGACACUUACAACGACAUGAAACCCAGGGACAGGAACCAUGCAACCCUCCAGGCCCGCGAAGCAGGGCAUCGUCAAAUCCGUCAGAUAGUCGAACACCGCCUUUAACAGUUAGAAUAGCGUCAACUAGGGGCGAAAGUGCUAUCGCAAACCAGACAUCCACAGCCGAUUAUAUGUCGCCGAGAACAUCAGCAAGCACGAAGGGUUCUAUGAUGUCCUUUAGUACAAUUACGGACAGUAUUCUCGCUCGGAACUUCUCUCCUGCGCCCCCAUUCGAGAGAUCUGCACAUGGUUCUCAGUUAGCUGGGGCAGAUUCAUCAGUAUCUCCUAGGUUCGAAGUGUCGAACUAUGACGCUUCAUCCUCACAGAGGCCAGGGCCAAACUCACCAGAUCAAGGAGGCUAUUCACGACAGGCCCAGCCUGACUGCAGUGACAUCUAUUUCGAACGAACCAACGCCGAUUUCCCGAAUACUGUGGCUCUCCAUGCCUUACCAUUCUUGCCCAUUCCGGAAGAUACAAAAAUACCUGAUUUAUCCCAUACCCAAGGAAAUUCACCGCGAGGAUCCUCGGCAUCUGACAGCUCUUAUUCUACGCGGUCUGAUGGUUCUCGGACCAGUCAACCAUGGAGUCAUCGAGCUCGAUCAGGUUCCGUACAUACUGUCCCUGACUGGUUAGCAGCUGAUUCCCAGCUUUCACCACCAUAUGGGGUCAUGAGUACGCCUCAGACAAAGUUUGAUACCUCACUAGAGCAAUUCGAAAUGCCUCAUAUAUCUCCACGAAUAACCCCAUCAAGUUCAUCCCGCCAGCCGGACAUACCUGACCCAUUCGGAGGGGAUCACAUGGAAUCAGUGGGUACUCCAGUCCUCACGACGUAUGGUAGGCCAUUGGCUCAAGAUUUCUCAGCGUCCACUUCACAAGAAUUUGACCCGAGAUCGGGAGGGGCUGAUAUAAAACGGAAGGUAUGGACGGAACCACGACUAGGGACGUUGCAUAUGAGUGCGAGCAUGAUACAUUCAACGCCGCUAGACGACCCCUACAUGUCUAGCUAUUGGGAACACUUUGAUCGACAUUUUCCUAUAGUUCAUCGUGGAACCUUCGAUCCUACGGAAAACAGCCUACUCAGCUCCGCAAUGGCCGCAAUUGGGACCCAAUAUCACAAUACUACAGACGCUCGACAAAAAGGUAUCGAACUCAACCAUCUAUGCAGAGGAAACAUUAACCAUUUCCCGAACUGGGAUCUUCGCACAAUGCAAGCGAUACUGCUCACUGAGCUGUUCACACGUUUUCGCGGUAGGCAACCCAAUGUCAAGACCUCUAGACAAUUUGAAGAGGUUUAUAGAAGGCUCCUGGAUGAUUCUAGCCAGGGCCGAAGCCAAUUCUCUACCCACAGUACAGGAAAUGAUGCCCUCGUCGGUCAUCAAAACCUACGUCCAACAACGCCUCAGUGCCACAAGCACUCUGACCUCCAGAAGAAGUGGGUUCAAUGGAUCGAUGCUGAGUCUCGGCAACGUCUGUUGGCUUUCUGCUUCAUGUUCGACGUUCACCAGUCAUUGUAUCAUGGACAAAAACGAACAAACAGCCAUCACCCCGAGACCAACCUGUUGUUCCCCCCUUGUCCUGACAAUAUCUGGAGCGCCGCCAGCGCAUUGGAAUGGCAAGCACAACAAGUCAACCAUGCUGUCCAGCCACUUGACCAAAUAGAAGACCUCUAUCCGCAAGACGUUUCCAGCAGAUCCUUAUUUACCCAAUCGCUCCUCACAUGCUCUCUCGCCUCCCGAUUCCCGACGCGCGAUAGUUCAAAGUGCCCUAACGACCACUCUUUCCCAAAUCACAUACAUCCUACCGUAGCCAAACUUAAAUAUCCGUUCUCCGCCUCUCCUCUGGCCCAUAGCUACCUCGCCCUUCACCACACCCCUCUCCUCGAUCUCCUAGCAAUAGCGGGGGAUACCUGGGUGUUUGGAAAGAAGAUCGCGCAAUCCGCCUUCUCCUCGGCACAAUUACGCCUCAAGACAUGGUCCUCAACCCUCAAUGCCGCUAUUGCGACCCAGCAUGCCUGCCAUAUUCUUUCCAUGUCCUUCUCCCAAUCUCGUAACCAUUGCCCAUCCGGCCAAGUCCAGAGUCACGGUAGCCUCUGCAUCUCCCAUUACUGGGCCAUCUACACAUCCGCUCUAAUCUGCUGGGCCUUUGGCUACCGGCACCAGCCUCCCGCCUCCGGCACGCCUCCGCACUCCAACUCAUCGACCACCACCAAGAACCCAACAGCGGGUCCGAAACCGUCCCAAACUCCCGCCGAUGAAAAUCCUAAAGCCUUAGCCUACAUAGAUAGCAUGUUAAAGCUCCCCGCCGAAGCUCUCUUGACCAGCAGAGCGCAGAUGAGAGGCGAGACCGCAGAUUUGAUCGAAGCCGUGCGCGUCCAGCUGGAGAGCGAUAGCGUGGGCGGUAAAUGCGCACUGCUGGACGAGGCACUCGAUGUCCUGACGAAGAUCCAAGAGCCCAGGAAGAAAAAAUACUUCUAGGGCGAGCUUCCGAGCUUCUAACGUUGUAUGAAAUACUUGGCUCUCUCUCCCCCCCCCCUUCUUCUCUCU